ACCCGUUCCCGGCUGCACCGUCCACGCAGCCCGGCAGCGGCGGCAUGAAGCUCGAGGCGGUGAUGGAAACCCUGCAGCGGCAACAGGCGGCGCGUCUGGCUCUGGAGGAGAAGCUCCGUCAGGCGGAGAAAGAGGAGGACCUCCGGUCCAUGAUGGAGUCCCAGAUACACCAACAAGCUUUGGCUUUCCGCCACUACCAGGCGGCGAUGCGUGGCGCCCUGGCUGCCGGAGUUGCCAACUCCUCUCCCGGCGGGACACUCCCUCACAUGGAGGUCCGCAGACCCGCCGAGGACCGGAACUCCUCCAGAACGGACAGCGACGAUAAUGAGCGGGACGAGGAAUUAGAUGACAUAGAAGAGCAGGAGGUCAUGGAAGAGGAGGAGGACGAGAACGAUGUCGGUCUGAACCACUACCAGCACCGACAGUCCUCACUCCAGGCAGCUUCUCUGUCUCCGAAGAGCGCCCAGAUGCAUCUCAUGUCCAGAGUCCCGGCGGCCUUCGCCCCUGCCCGCGGUGCAGAGUCUCCAUCGGUGCACCCGCAGCCCCAGCAUCACGAGUGGACCUAUGAGGAGCAGUUCAAACAGUUGUAUGAACUGGAUGAUGAUGAAAAGCGCAAAGAGUUUCUUGAUGACCUUUUCAGUUUCAUGCAGAAACGGGGGACUCCAGUGAAUCGGAUUCCUAUCAUGGCCAAGCAGGUGUUGGAUCUCUACAUGCUCUACAAGCUCGUCACAGAAAAAGGCGGCUUAGUGGAAGUCAUCAAUAAGAAAAUAUGGCGUGAGAUCACCAAAGGCCUUAACCUCCCUACUUCCAUUACUAGUGCAGCUUUCACUCUCCGGACACAAUAUAUGAAGUACCUCUACCCAUAUGAAUGUGAAAAGCGGGGACUGAGCUCCCCCGGUGAGCUUCAGGCAGCUAUCGACAGUAACCGGCGGGAAGGACGUCGGCAGAGCUACGGCUCUGCCAUCUUCAGCUACUCUCCUGUGGGCACCCCCACUCUCCUGUCCUCACCAAAGAUACAAAUGUCCCACCUACCUGUUCCCACUCACAACAGUGGCCAUAUCUCCCAGGUGCCUGUGAUCAAGAAAGAGGAGCCAGUAAUGGCCAGCUGUGUGCCCAGCCGGGUGGCCCUCCACUUGUCGCCCAGUGGCCAUCAUGCAACAGCAGCAGCAGCUCAGGCAGCAGCAGCCAUGCAGGCGGCAGCUCUGGAGCAGCUCAGAGAGAAACUGGAAAGCAGUGAACCACCAGAGAAGAAGAUGAUGAUUGUGGCAGAGGAGCAGCAGAAGCUAAUGCAGCACACCCUGCAGCAGAACCUGCUGGCAAUGGCUACCCAGUUGCCCCUCAACAUCAAACUCAACAACAGAGAUGAUAGACAAGAGACCGCAUUGAACCUGUCUACCAACGGCAUUAGCAGCAUCAACAUGUCAAUAGAAAUAAAUGGAGUUGUCUACACAGGUAAAGAGAGGGGCCGUUUGCUGAUGUAA